AUCGCACUCCUAUCGCUUGGUCCGAGGGGAAGGGAUUAAUAGCGAAGGAUAUCGCUGAGUUUUACUUUUCAAAAUGAAUGUUUUAAGAACUUGGAAACAGUUGUCCAGGCUUGGACAGACAACGCAAACUCUUCAACAAGGGCUGAUAGGCAGUUUGGUACGUCUUCAGUCGACGCAAGCUCAAACUUUGAGCUUGAAGGAAACAAUGUAUCGUAUAGUCCCAGAGAACCAGAAAGAAGUCGCAGAAUUCCGUAAAACCUACGGCGAUAAAUCGUUAGGGGAGUACACAGUGGACCAGGUUUAUGGUGGUAUGCGAGGUAUCAAAGGUUUAGUGACAGAAACCUCACACUUAGAUGCAGCUGAGGGAAUUAGAUUUCGAGGCUACACAAUUCCAGAAUGCCAAAAGCUUUUGCCAAAGGCUGAUGGUGGUGAAGAACCUCUGCCAGAAGGAAUAUUUUGGCUAUUAAUGACAGGAGAAAUACCAACAAAACAGCAGGUUGACACCGUGUCCAAAGAAUGGGCUGCCAACGCUGACUUGCCUCCACAUGUCGUACAGAUGUUGAACAACUUUCCUGAGACUCUGCAUCCAAUGAGCCAGUUUAGUGCAGCGAUCACCGCCAUGAACAGUGAGAGUAAAUUCACCAAGGCAUAUGCCAGUGGAGCUCAUAAAGCAACUUACUGGGAGCAUACUUUUGAUGAUGCCAUGGAUGUGACUGCCAAGAUCACGACAGUGGCAGCCUACAUAUACAGAAAUGUGUUCAAGGAUGGAAAAGUUACUCCCGUGGAUCCUAACAAGGACUGGGCUGAUAACCUGGCCAGCAUGCUUGGCUAUGAUGAUCCCAUGUUUCACGAAAUGAUGCGUCUGUACCUUGUUCUUCAUGCCGAUCAUGAAGGAGGAAAUGUCAGUGCUCAUACCUGCCAUCUUGUUGGCAGUGCUCUGUCAGAUUCCUAUCUGUGCCUUGCUGCUGCUAUGAAUGGUUUGGCGGGACCCCUACAUGGCCUGGCUAAUCAGGAAGUCUUAAUCUGGACCACAAACAUGCUAAAAGAUGUUGGAGAGAACCCAUCUAAGGAGAAAGUUAGGGAAUAUGUCUGGAAUACCUUGUCUGGUGGACAAGUUGUACCUGGUUUUGGACAUGCGGUUCUGAGAAAGACUGACCCCCGCUACACAGCCCAGAGAGAAUUUAGCUUGAAGCAUCUGCCAGAUGAUCCCCUGUUCAAACUCUGUGGUCAGCUGUUAGAAAUUGUUCCAGAUGUUUUACUGGAGCAAGGAAAAGCAAAGAACCCGUGGCCAAAUGUUGAUGCACAUAGUGGAGUGCUUCUUCAGCACUAUGGUUUGGUGGAAAUGAACUACUACACCGUCCUGUUUGGUGUAUCACGUGCCUUGGGUGUACUUUCCUCACUAGUGUGGUCUCGAGCUUUGGGUCUCCCAAUUGAACGCCCCAAGAGUAUGACGACAGAACUGCUCAAAAAAGCUGUUGCUGCUUCAUAGGCAACUACAAAUACUUUCAAAACAAAAUAUGGAUCUUUGCUGCUGGCCUGCAUAAAGAAAAAGGAACUGCAAUAGUAAAACACCCAGUGCUGUGUUUAGAUUUGUUUUCUAAUUUUCAUUUUCUUCUCUCCAAACUCUCUUUUGUGUGCUUCUACUGAAAAUAAAAAGUACGGUAAUUAAGUUUAUUACAGGAAAAAUUGUUUUGGAUUAUUUAGUAUUAUGGAUACUUUUGACUGCACUUUUUAUCACCAAAACAAAACAUACUCAGGUAUUUAAGAGUGAAUUAUAGGUGGUGACAGCAUAUGGACUGAAUGACGAAGGGAUGUUAGCACCUUGUGUGCCUAUAAAGUAAUAGAUAAUUCGAUAUCAGACUGUAAUCUUGUCACAAUUUAAGUCCAAAGUUCUUGAAAUUAUUGGAAUUUUGUAUAUGUUGCACAAACUUUCCCAAAUAAAAACUUGCCCCUCAUA